ACUUGCGCCAUCGAUGCUCGACGGACUCGCGGCUGCCUCAUAUAAGGAGCUGUGCACAUCCUGACGCACACCCGUCUCAUCUCCUCGUUUCGUCGCCCAGCCACGGUGACGUAGGGAUCCAAGCCGACACAGUUUCAGAAGGUCUCUACCGAGCACAGCAAGCCUCCAUGGAGAAGACUCCAGCCGUCCCAGCUUUGCAGCUCUUUUCGCUCGCGGGCCAAAACGUUCUCAUAACCGGUGCUACCAGAGGCAUCGGCCAAGCGUGCGCGCUGGCGCUCGCAGAGGCGGGUGCUGACGUCUGCCUCGUCCAGCGCCCCUCUAGCACCAACACCGCGACGGCCGACGCGAUCCGGGCCCUGGGCCGCCGCGCAGAGAUAGUCGAGUGCGACCUGUCCGACCUGGAGGCCGUCAAGGGCGUGUUUGCCAGGGCCGUGGAGAAGUUGGGCGAGAUUCAUGUGCUCGUGAACUGUGGGGGGAUCCAGCGCAGGGCGCCGGCGGUCGAGUUUAGCGAGGCAGACUGGGACGAGGUGCUGAACGUGAACCUCAAGGCGUGCUGGCUACUCUGCCAAGCAGCGGGACAGCACAUGGUCCCGCGCCGGCGCGGCAAAAUCAUCAACUUCUGCAGCUUGCUGACGUACCAGGGCGGGAUCACGGUGCCCGCGUACGCCGCCGCCAAGGGCGCGCUCGGACAGCUCACGAAGGCGCUUAGCAACGAGUGGAGCAAGGAGAACGUACAAGUGAACGCGAUCGUGCCGGGCUACAUCGCGACAGACAUGAACGAAAAGCUGCUCGCGGACCCGGCGCGCCUGCGUCAGAUCAGCGAGCGCAUCCCGGCCGGGCGCUGGGGCGAACCGCACGACUUUGCGGGCCCCGCCGUCUUCCUCGCGAGCGCCGCGAGCCAGUACGUGUGCGGCGAGCUGCUCGUCGUCGAUGGCGGCUGGAUGGGACGGUGAGGGGCGGCGCGAGGGGCCUAGAUGGAAACGGCUUGCGUUUUUGAAGGAUGAAAAAUGUGUAUUUCUUCUUCUGCUGUCUCUUGGCAAAUGUACGAGAGAGUCUGGACAACCCGAGCGACGCUCUCGACCUCCCGUGGCAACCGUGGCUUCCGUGUUCCCG